AUGUCUACUGCCAUGGGAACCCCUGCCCUGCUGUGGAUAGCUCUGUUGCUCUUCUCUCCAGAUGGCAUAUCAGCAGCCAUCUGGAAAUCUAAGGUAUCCUUGAAUCCCCCAUGGAACAGAGUAUUUAGAGGAGAGAAUGUGACUCUUACAUGUAGAGGGAACAAUUUCCUUGAAAAUGACUCCAUUUUGUGGACUCACAACAAAAACCCUUUGGAAGUAAAUACUUCACGUUGGGACAUCAUGAAUGCAAGCAUCCAGGACAGUGGGGAAUAUAGAUGCCAAAGCAAAGGAGUUUCCAUGAGUGAACCUGUGUACCUAUAUGUCAUCAGUGACUGGCUGCUCCUUCAGGCCUCUGCUGAGAUGGUGUUGGAGGGUGAGCACCUCUUCCUCAGGUGCCAUGGCUGGAGGAAUCUGAAUGUCUACAAGGUGACUUACUUCAAGAAUGACAAAGCCUUUAAGUACUGGUAUGAGAACCACAACAUCUCCAUUACCAGCGCCACAACAGGGGACAGUGGCACCUAUUACUGCAUGGGCACAAUUCAGAAGAUACGCUAUACUUCUAAUCACCUCAGCAUUGAAAUUAAAAAAGGUCCCCAAAGCAAAUAUUUCUGGCUACAAUUUCUUAUCCCAUUGUUGGUGAAGAUUCUGUUUGUUGUGGACACAGCGUUGUUUAUCUCGACCCAGCAGCAGUUCACAUUUCUCUUGAAGAUUAAGAGAACCAGGAAAGGCAACAAAUUUAUGGACCCAGAGCCCAGACCAGAACCCCCAAAGAACUGA